GCUUUUCCUAGUUUAGCGUUCAUUUGCGAUGCCCAAUCAGCGUACAGGAUUGAACUACGGGUCCGGGCCAUGUCAAAUUGAGUCCUUGAAAGGGUCGUGCUAUGCAGACUCUGCGUUAAGCACGAGACGUGACUGGCACUGGGUGUGGGUAGUGCAGUGCCUGAAUAUUAAAUUCUUACUUGUAGGAUUGGCUUGCUGCUGGGGCUGCAAGCUACGCUGCAGGCGCUGUGACUCGGGAGCUGCACGACCAUUGAUUGAUGCUGCAAUGUAAGCCAGGAAGGGCUACAACUUCUGUUUAAGGUUUGUUAGCAGUAUAGCUCCGCGUCUGGAAGCAAGGAGAUAUGGCAGCAAGUGCCUUGGCAAAAGGUUCGUGUCUUGCUGCUACAAUUAUGACACCUACCACUCCAUCAAUAUCAUCUUCUAGGAGAGAUGCUGUCUUCCGAAAGUUUUCGGGACUCAGUCCGAGCGACAAAUUCGAGCAGAAUGCGGUGGCAAUUGGAAGGAGCAUUUCCAGAGGAACCGCUGCGCGUGGAAGGCGAUACCAGAGCAUCACGGCGGCGGAGAAGUCCGAUGUCGUCCUCUCCGAUUCUGAGAAGGAACUGCUACGACAGAUGGGCAACCUUUUUGACAGCAAGCAGCAAAGCGUGCAAAGUCUUGAGAGUGGCGUGCAGAGUCUGCAGCAAAGCGUGCAAAGUCUUGAGAGUGGCGUGCAGAGUCUGCAGCAAAGCGUGCAAAGUCUUGAGAGUGGCGUGCAGAGUCUUUACACAGAAUUUGCGGCGCAGCAAACCAACCUAGACCAGCAGAGGCAGCUGCUUGGAACGCUCGUAGAAGCAAGUGCACGGGAACAAGGCCUGGUCGAGGCAGGCAUUCCAGAGAAGCUUCUCAUUAGCCUACAGGAGGGUGCUGGAGAGUCGGGGUGGCUGCGCGAGGACGGAAGAUUAGACCGGUCUAGUCUCGGUAGAUUCCUUGGCAGCACUCCCAAUGCUGCGCUGAGGUCAACAAUCGUGCGCCUUCGACGAGUCCUGCAGCUGGAGAAGGUAGAUGACCAAGUACAGGAGCUCAUUCUGUGUGAAAGCGCGGGGAUCCUCUGCCUGAUGGCAGCGGCAUUCCCGGAUAUCUACUUGAAGGGGCAGCCGAACGUAUUCCCCAGUGAUGAACUGGAGAUCGAUUGCAAGGGGCGGAUGGAUGUAGCACGGGAUGGGACUUUCUCGUACAUCGACCUUGGGGAGGUGAAGACGCGCCUGGAUUACGCCACUGCAGUCCCACAGUUGGGCUUACGUCUAGGAGCAUUGAAGUGGUUUGUUUGCAAAGCGUGCGGGGCACAGACAGAGGGCGUGCGGCUUGUCGGACGCUUGUUCGUGUUCCAACAAGGGGUUGAGGAGUUCGUAGAUCUUGCUCAGAGGGAUGAGGCCUCGACAAAGUGGGGUUAUAGCCUCUAUCUGCAUAGGGUGUGAAGGACUCAAAAGGAAACGCAGGACUGGAACCUGUACUGGCCUACAGGUUUGUACAUCUCAAACCCGAUCAAAAUAUUGUCAUAUUGGUAAAUGAAGAAGAACAUCUGUACAGAGGAGGACAGGGUUAUAUGUAGAAGGGACAUACUUGUAUAGAGGAGCACACUUGUCUGCGCACACCUAGCAACUUGGUCCUUAUCAAGGUACUUAUCUGUGGGCUGUCCUACAUGAGCUGUUCUGAGUCGCUUGCAC